AUGUUAAGAUAUAGAGGUAAAAAGAAAGUUAUCGAUAGAGUAAAAGAACUCGAUGCUUUUCCAAAAGUGCCAGAAGAAUACGUGGACAGUACAUCGGUAGGCGGCACAUUUUCAGUUAUUACUUUUUUUAUUAUUAUGUGGUUAAUAUAUAGCGAAGUUUCUUAUUACCUAGAUAGUAAUUUAGUGUUCAAAUUCAUGCCAGAUACAGAUAUGGACGAAAAACUUCGUAUUAACAUUGAUGUAACUGUGGCAAUGCCAUGUUCAAACAUUGGUGCUGAUAUUCUUGAUUCCACAUCACAGAGUGUUUUCGGUUUUGGCGAGCUACAAGAAGAGGAUACUUGGUUCGAGCUAACGCAGGAACAACAAGAUGCCUUUGACGCUUUAAAAUACAUUAAUUCGUAUCUUAGUGAGGAAUAUCAUUCUAUAUGGCAACUGUUAUGGAAAAAAGGUCACGGGUCGGUUCGUGCUACAAUACCACCAAGAAAAACUAAACCGAAUCGUCGCCCGGAUGCAUGCAGACUCCAUGGAGUACUAACAUUAAACAAAGUUGCUGGCAAUUUCCAUGUGACCGCAGGAAAAAGUUUACACUUGCCAAGGGGUCAUAUACAUUUGAAUAUGCUUUUUGAUGACACAGCCCAAAACUUUAGCCACAGAAUAAACCGUUUAAGUUUUGGUAGUCCAGCCAACGGCAUCAUAUACCCCCUGGAGGGGGACCAAAAAAUUACAACAGAAGAAAACAUGCUGUAUCAAUACUUUAUUGAAGUGGUACCCACUGAUGUUGACACCACAUUUGAGUCUAUUAAAACAUUUCAGUACUCCGUUAAAGAGCUGGAGAGACCUAUAAGUCAUAUGAAAGGUUCCCACGGAGUACCUGGAAUAUUUUUUAAGUAUGACAUGGGUGCAUUAAAAAUUAAAGUGUACCAAGAAAAAGAGAAUUUAAUAAAGUUUAUUUUGAGAUUAUUCUCAAUUAUUGGUGGAAUAUAUGUCAUAGUCAGUUUUGUAAAUACAAUAGUUUUAGGUGUUAGAAAUGCCUUUUUGAAGAAAGCUGCACCCAAUAUUUUAGCCCAGAAGAAAGCGUUUGAUGUUAAAAGACAACCACAAACUAACCCGUUACUAGUUACAACAAAUUUAAGUGUUCCAAUAGAUUUAAAACUAAAGGAAUGA